AUGAACAAUGUGCUAAGGACGUGUAGGGGUAUUGUUUCAGUGUCACGGUAUAUCAAAGUGAAUAGACAAUCUGCACAAUUUGUCGAACGAGAAUUUCACUGUACAAACUCAUGUUUUGAUAAAAAUCCCAAAGUAGAAGUGAUAAGUGUUGACAGUUUCAAUAAUGUACAAGAGAAAAAUAAGCAGACAUUCUUGGAUAUGCUGAAAAUGUACAGAAUGGAAAAAUUUCGAUCGGGUCACGUCGAGUUCAUUAAUACUGCAAUCAAACAUAUGGAUGAAUUUGGCGUAAAUGAAGAUUUAGAAACGUACAAAAGACUUAUACAAGUUUUGCCAGCUGGCAAAUUUGUUCCUCAAAACUAUUUACAGUCGGAAUUUAUGCAUUAUCCAAAACAUCAACAAUGUAUUGUUGAUUUAUUACAAAAAAUGGAAGAUAAUGGAGUUAUCCCCGAUUGGGAGAUAGAAGACUUGCUUGUUAAACGUUUUGGUACUCGAGGUAUUCCUGUGCGACGUUAUUGGCGCAUGAUGUACUGGAUGCCAAAAUUUAAUAACUUAUCUCCUUGGCCUAUACCUAAACCAGCUCCUAAUGAUCCUUAUGAAUUAGCGUUAUUAGCUAUUAAAAGGAUUUGCAGUAUAGAUAUUGAAUCAGAGGUUAAGGUUUACGAGACUAAGCUUUUGGAAGAAAGUAUAGAAGAUACAUGGAUAGUCAGUGGUCAAAGUCCUGACCAAAAAAAAUUAGUUGCCAAUCAUCCAGAAAAUGUUCCUAUUUAUAUUGAAGGUGGAUUUAGAAUAUGGUUAAGGAAACAAAGCAUUAUUUAUUUUAUUCUGCGAACUGAACCAACACAAUCAAAAGAAAAUGAAAAAGAAGAUGAAGAUGAUGUUAGUAAUUUUCAAGUACCUUUUUUUGAUAAACCAAAAACAAGUAAUAAAAUUGUCAGAAAAAAGACUUUACAUGAACAAGAAGAUGGUACAAUACUUGCUGUAGCUGCAACUGGCACAUCCAGUAAAAACUCUUUACUAUCUUGGAUACGAUUAUUGGAAAAAGAUGGAAAUCCAAAACUAUCAAGUAUACCAAUUUUAUUUACAAGUAAAUCACCACUUGGAAAUGUAGAACCAUUGGUCGAGCUUGACGAAUCUAAAAAACAAGUAGAAGAAUUGGAAAAAAAAGUUUCCAUAGAAUAAAAAACCAAUAUUAAUAAGACGUGAUUCAGGAUGGAUUGAACCAACGUAUUUUGAUGUUUCUGAAGAUAUUCUUGGAUCUAUUGGUAUUGUUCCUAAAAGAGGAAUUUGAAAAU